AUGGGCAGGUUUCAACGCGGAUUCUUACCCGUCAAGGGUCUGGCCCUGCAAGGCGGCGUGACCAUCUGUUCCGCCAUGACGUUUCUGCUGUUUGGUUACGAUCAAGGGGUAUUCGGCGGUCUCAUCGCCAUCCCAUCGGUGCUGGAAGACUUGAAAAUCGCGCCGACGGACGCCAAUCUCCAGGGGACCGUCAUUGCUCUCUUUGACAUCGGUUGCUUGGUCGGGUGCCUAAUCUGUGCAUUCGCGGGCGAGACCCUAGGUCGACGCACAUUCAUCUUCAUCGGCGGCCUCUUGAUCAUCCUGGGAGCCGGAUUGCAAGCUGGCUCCCCGGAUUGGCACAUGAUGAUCGGGGGAAGAGUGGUGGCCGGCGUGGGCGUGGGCAUGGAGACGUCCUUCAUCCCGAUCUGGGUGUCGGAAUGCGCUCGAGCCGCUCACCGCGGCGCGCUGGUGGCGGUCCAGAUGUCUCUCGUCCUCAUGGGCCUGGUGGUCUCGUACUGGUUCGACUAUGGCACCGUCCGCAACCUGACGGGAGGGGUGGUGUGGCGCCUCCCGCUGGCGUUCCAGGCCGUCUUUGUCUGCAUCACCCUGGCCACCAUCUGGACCCUGCCCGAGUCCCCGCGUUGGCUCUACAAAAAGGGGCAUAUCGCCGACGCCGACGACGUCAUUGCGCGCAUCUACAACGUCCCCGUGGACGACGUCUACGUCGAGAAGCAUCGCGAGGAGGUCCUCCAGGCCUUGGAGGCGGAGAAGGAGGUGGUCUUCCGGCUCCAGGACAUCUUCUGUGACCAGUCCAAGGUCAACACGUCCUGGCGGAUCUGGGUCUGCGUCAUCAUCCAGUUCCUGCAGCAGCUCGGCGGCAUCAACUUCAUCGCCUACUACGCCGCCUACCUCUUCAUCAACAACCUGGGCAUGAGCCAGCACCAGGCCACCUUGACGGCAGGGGGGCUCAGCCUCGUCUUCUGGGGCGGCUCCCUGACCGCCAUCUACACCGUGGAGCGAUUCGGCCGCCGGCCCGUGCUCCUCUGGGGCGCGGUCGCCUGCUCCGUCUGCAUGAUCUGCUACACCGUCGGCCUCGCCGUCUUCAGCCAGGCUAGCCUGACCAUGGCCGUCGUCUUCAUCUUCCUGUUCGACUUCUCGUUCGGCGCGUCCUGGUGCAUCGUUCCCUGGAUGUACUCCCCGGAGGUCACGCCGCUGCAUGUGCGGCACGUCGGCACGUCGCUUGCGGUCGGCACCGAGUGGCUGAUGACCUUUGUGGUGGUCAAGGUCGGGCCGAUCGGGAUCCAGCACGUCGGGUGGCGGUUCUACCUCCUCUUCUGCGUCUUCAACGUCGUCCAGGUCGUCUUCGUCUACUUCGCGGUCCGCGAGACCAAGGGCCUCACCCUGGAAGAGAUCGACUGCGUGUGGGCCAAGCCCGAGUACAAGGCCGAGUUGGAGGCGAGGCUGCACAGCGUCGAGCACGAGGCCCGAAUCGGGGAAAAGGGCGAGUCCUCGCUCCACGUGGAGGCACACCCGGUCCCCCAGGCGUGA